AUGUGCCAAUAUCACAUGUUCAUCAUCUUCCCCAUCGGCGCCAGAUCGUGCGGCCACACGCUCAACCUCUCCCACGUGCCGAUGGAGGAGCGCCUCAAGUACCUAUCGCGCCCGGCGCUGCGCAGCGUCGAGUGCAGCGUGCACCGGCAGAAGCGUUGGGAUGCGUACACGCGCGACCGGCCGACCAUGGACCAGCUGUUAUUCUCGUACCCGACGAGUUCACCAGUGAACGCCCUUGGCAUCGAUAAUCACCAACACCUCAUGGCGUUUGACGACUUCAUCAUGGACGAAACCCACAUCAGGCCCAGGCGGCAGCGGCGGGGAAGGGAGAGGUCGCCGAGCACGACGUCGAUCUGCACGACGAUCGAGUGGACGGGCACGAUGGCCCCGAGGUGGAUCCGACGAGACGGGGACGGAGACUGCCCCGACUGCGUGCGGAACGAGAGAGAGCUGGAGGAAGCAGAUGCGGAGUGGGACGAUACAAUGGCGGAUCUGGCGCCGGGCGGGGCGAUGCCGAUUCGGGCUUGGGAGCGCAGGGCUCUUACGGCGACUCGGGAUGAAUAUGUGGCGGCGGGUGGUGGGUCGAGGUGGAAUCUGAUCAGGAACGGGAGGGUAAAGGGGCUGAUCAAGUGGCAGAGGACUUUGGUCGAGAAGUGGCUCGUGAACUUGAAAGGGACAAGGGCAAAGGGGGAUCCUGCGGGAGAGGUUGAGGAGGGGGAGAUUAUUGGGAGCGAUGAAGAUGAAGAUGAGGAUGAGGACGAAGAUGAAGAGGAAGAGGAGGACGAAGAGGAUGAGGAAGAGGAUGAAGACUACGAGGAGGGCGGCGGAGAGAAUGAAGCGGGAGAUGCGCAUGAGAAUUACAAUUACUACCCCCUGUGGGAGUAA